GUUACACAUUUGUUAAAUUCAUCUAUAGGAAGUAUUCGAUUCGACUGGAUUUAUAAGCGAAUUUGUUGACUUGCGAGUCAAAACAAUUAAUUUUGAACGUCUUUACAUUCUUCCAGAUUACCCAAAUGAUAAUAUUAUUAAUUUUUAUGAACUAAAAGUACUUGUAUGUAAAUUUGAGCACAGAGUAUAAAAAUCGUAAAAUCUUUAAUUGAAUCGAAUAACUAUGAAACUGCAAAAACGUAUAUUAUGGAUAAUUAUCAUGACUCAUUGUGGAACUUACUAGGCGAGGCAUCGUUAAAAGGCUUAAAUUUGGAAAUUGCUGAACUAGCAUAUACAGUCUGCAAAAAUUAUCCGAAAAUCCAAUUUAUAAAAGAACUAAAAAAUAUUAAAGUAAAUAUAUAUUUGGUAUACAGGACGAACAAAUAGUAUUAGCAAAAGUAAUGACUUUGUUCAAAAAUUAUAAAGAGGCGGAAAAUAUUUAUCUUUCUAUAAAUCGGAAGGAUUUGGCAAUUAACCAAUGGAAACUGAUCGGAGAUUAUCUUAAAUUACAAAAUAUCUCGGACGAAACAUUUAAUAAGAAUAUGCCUGAAAUUAAUCACAUUGUUGGUAAUCAUUAUGCGGAUCAUCGUAAAUGGAAGGAGGCCAUUUAUUAUUUAGAAAUGGCAAAAGAUAACUCUCGGAUAAUCGAUUGUUAUUAUUCAAUUCAAGACUUUGAAGGUCUAAAAAAAUAUUCAAAUGAACUAUCCAAUGAUAAAAAUUCUCUUUUGAAGAUUGCAGAUAUAUUUCAAAAAAGUGGAAUGUAUUUGCAGUCGGUCGAAAUAUACCAAAAGCUCCAAGAUUUUGAUAAAGCCAUUUCUGUUUGCAUCAGUGGAAAUUUGUGGAAAUAUGCAUAUAAUUUAGCAAAACAAUCAAAUUUAGUGGAUAUUAAAUCGUUAUUAUCCAAGAACGUCAACUUUCUUGUAAAUUCUGGACAGUUGUUUGAAGCUAUAAGUUUAUGUAAAGAAGGGGGAAUUUAUCAAGAGGCUGUCAAAUUUGUCCUAGAUUUUACAGAAAAAUAUCGACAAAACUGUCGUUCAUUAACCACUAUUAAAAAACUUUAUGUUCUUGCUGGGUUCUUAUUCAAUGAACAAAAAUCGGUAAUUAAUUUUGAUAAAAAAAUUUCAAGGCUCGAAUUAUUGAAAGUUUGGAUGAAGAAAAUAGUAGGAUGGCAGGCAAUGAAGUAG